CUGAUUUCAGGUCAGUUAUACUGCCGUUGUCGGCUGGAGGUUUGAUUUGAACAUGACGCCAUGACGUCAUUACGUACACAGUGAACAUGUGGUGCACUAGAAGGAAUCCUAAACUGCACAAAGCUGAUGGUCCGGCGGUGCUCCUGUGUCAUUUGGAACAAGCUAGAGACAACCCACCGGUCACCUGUGUGCAGGUGAGCUAGCAGAAGGGCUGUUUUUCUGAGUGACAGAAGCAGAUCUGCGCUGGCCCCGCCUCUACAGAUCCCUCACCAAUCAGGUCUCUCCAGAGGAAACACCUGGUGCACCUGAGUGACAGGUUAAACUUUCUUUAGCUCCUCCCCCUCCCCCGUUUCAGCCAGUCUAGUGUUUGGGAAGGUGAACACGCCCCCUCUCCCUCCUCCCUCCCUCCCUCCCUCCUCUGGCCAUGAUAGGAUUCCUCGGAGGAGUAAAAGUAACAUUUGGCGAAAGGACACCCGACACCCGGUAACCGGAUCCCGAGGCGGAAGAGUGACUGAAUGGAGUGAACAAUUAACUCAGGCAUGUCUUCCUGUGGCCUGAAUGUGAGUCAGACGCCGGAGGUCCGCGCGCCGCCGCGGGACGCGAAGGAAGACGACGAGGACGCGGACGACUCUGAGUAUUUUGCGCGCGCGCCCGCUGCCGCCGCCGCUGAUUUCUCUCCUUCAUCAUCAUCUUCAUCAUCAUCGCCCUCCUCCUCCUCCUCGUCUCCGUCUCCGUUGUGCUUCUCCGCCGAGCAGGUGGCGUGUGUGUGCGAGGCGCUGCAGCAGGCGGGACGGGUGGACCGCCUGGCCCGGUUCCUGCGCACUCUCGGCGGCGGCGGCGGUGGUGGUGGUGAGAGUGUACUCCGCGCGCGCGCUCUCGUCGCCUUCCACCAGGCGCGCUACAGCGAGCUGUACGGCAUCCUGCAGGGCCACAGCUUCAGUCCCGCGUGCCACGCCGCGCUGCAGGAGCUCUGGUACAAGGCGCACUACACGGAGGCGGAGAAGGCACGCGGCCGCCCGCUCGGCGCUGUGGACAAGUACCGCGUGCGCCGGAAGUUCCCGCUUCCGCGCACCAUCUGGGACGGAGAGGAGACCGUGUACUGCUUCAAAGCGCGCUCACGAAACGCGCUCCGGGACGCGUACGCGCGCAACCGCUACCCGUCACCGGCGGACAAGAGGAACUUAGCCAAAGUAACGGGACUGUCUCUCACUCAGGUCAGCAACUGGUUCAAAAACCGGCGGCAGAGAGACAGGAACCCGUCCAAAAGCGAAUCAGACGGGAACCACAGCACCGAGGACGAGAGCAGUAAAGGACGUGAGGAUCUGUCUCCAUGUCCACUCUCAGGCUCUGCUGAUACGAUGACAUCACACGUGUCCCUUUCCUCCCGAGCCCCAGAACUCCAUCCGACGGAAGACGAUAAAAACAUUCUGUUUAACGGGACCUUCCUUCCUUCCUCCUCCAGGUUCCUCUCCUCCACAGGAAGCCUGUUGGGCGCUCCGGGUCUCACUCUGCAGCCGCUGGAGUACAGACCCAGAGUGAGCGAUAAAGAGAUGGACAGAUCAGAAGCGAUCGGUUCUUCUCAUGGAGAUGGAGUGCAUGAGAAAAGGAUGGACAGAUUAGACGGAGGAGAUGAUGGCGUGUUAGCGAUCUCUUUCUUCAGAGACACAGAAGCGGAGGUGAACAGCAGAGCUUCAGGUUCAGGGUUAGAGUACGAUCACGUGGAGAAGCUUCAGCUCACGAGUUACGUUCUGGAAGAUGAAGCCACGGCAGAUGGAGGAAGUGAAGAAGCGUCGCUGAUGAGAGACUCUUUAACCCUUCCUCAUCUGCAGCUGCCUUCAUCUUCCUCGCCUUCUGCACCAGAGCAAGUGCUGGUUAGCGUUAGCGGCUUAGCUGUGGAGCAGGAGCGGGGGACUUUGGCUCCUCUGCAGCCCAACACGGUGCUCUUUAACCUGGGCGACUCUUCAGCGCUCGGUCCAGUCAAACAGGAGUGUGAACGACACGUGGAUUUUUCCUGCAUGCAGAACACACACCUGCGCUUCACACACACACCGCUACACCUUCCACAGGUGGAACUGACGGAGUUCAGGGGUCGUGACUCUCAGUUGACCUCUGACCUCAGUGCGGACUUCCUGAGCACUUCAGCAGACGUAUAGAGAAAUGAACUGAAUUUUGAGACGUGUGUUAAAUUAUCUUUAUUAGCGUUAGAAUUUAUUCUCCCACUGAGUGUAUUCAGUGUGUGUGUGUGUGUGUGUGUGUGUGUGUGUGUGUGUGUGUGUGUGUGAGAUGAGAGGAUGAAUUUAUUAAAUUUCAGAUAAGAAGUGCUAAAAAGCCAAACUGUAUCAUUUUCACAUUUUACUGUUACUUUAGUUUAAAAUGUCAGAAAUGGGACUCGCGCACAUCGCAGAAUUCAUCCGAGCCAAUCGUUUCGAUUAUUGCGUCAUAACUAAUUUGCAUAAACGGUGAGUGUAAGUGGUUUCUGGCACAGCUCUGUGUAGUGAAUUUGUACAGGAAGUGAACGUUCAGCCAGCUGUCUCUGUGUCUCUGUCAAUGUGAGAUUAUACAGUUUUUUUAAAAUAUAAAACAUGCUUUAUUUAAAUUUACUGAAUCAGCUGUUGUUUUUAUCCAGAGUGACGUACAGAUAGACUUACAGAGGCUGGGAUUUAAACUCAUGUCCUUCUGACUGUACACCACUGACCUUACUGCAUCACCACACACCUCCUCACUGCACAUAACACCAGGCUGUGUAGAAAACCACUAUAAUAAAAAUCUAAUAAAAUAAUAAACCACUGUACUCUUCUCUCUCUCUCUCUCUCUCUCUCUCUCUCUCUAUCCUUUAUGUACAAACAAAUAAUUAAAAUAUUUUACAUACAAAAUUUAAGUAGGAUUUUUUGAAAAAAUUCUUCUCUUUUUUAUUUUGAAAUAAAAGAACAAUAAAUUAUUGAAUACAAACAUUUUUCUUUUAUUGUAAUUAUUAUUCUUAUUGUCUAUUUAAUUGCCAUUAUAUGAUUUUAUUAUUGGACUUUAUUUUUAAUGCCAAUU